GAUUCGGUAGCGAACAACCCACGCCAUGCGUACGCCCUGGUGGGCGCCUACCGGGUGCCGGCCCAGAUUCUGCAGUCAAGGUGGGACCCAAAGCAAGAUCUGAAGGAGCUCUUUCCGGAAGAUCCCCUGGAGGAGCUGGCCAGGAACCUUCCAGUCCCUUCUACUGGAAAGGAGAGCUCAAAUCAGGAGCCUGAACAGGCCUCACUUGAGCCCAUCCAGGAGGAGGAGGAGGAGCCAAGCUCUAAGCUGGAUCAGGUCUUAGAGGAACUCAAGGAGCCCGUCCCACAGGUAGGGCGCGAGUUCUUGAGCGAUGCUCUGAGAGAGUGGAUGGCUAAGCAGGGGAUACAGGUGACUCUAAGCGAGGCCCAUGACAAGAAGGGCAACGGUCUGGCUGAGCGGAUUGUAGGCUGGAGCAAGCAGCGGACGCGGUGCUUGCUCGAGAGCUCCAAGCUCCCCCAGACCCUUUGGCCAUUCGCAGCCGUGCAUGCAGCAGGUCAGCACAAGGCUCAGGUUCUAGGCCAUAAGCCCCUUCCUUACUUUGGUGAGAAAGUCCUCUAUAAGAGGCCCAUCCUUCCGGGAAACUUGAAGCCAUGGGAUCCCUGGGCUCAGGGUAGGUACCUCGGGCCCUCUCUGUCGGUGCCUGACGGGCAUUCAGUUCUAAAGGAGGAUGGCAACACUACCAUAGUGAAGAACCUCAGAGCCGAGCUUGUUGACCCGGAGGCCAGAUUGGCCGAAAUGCAACGUGAAAGGGAUUUGGCUGACGUCGCAAGUGACGCGGCCCCUUCUGAACCAGGUCUAGACCUUCAGCUUCCGGAGGUUCUUGAAGCCGAGGGCCCGCCGUCUUCAGAUCCCCCUCUUCCAAGGAGGGUGUCCAGCAAGAGGCCUCCUAGGAUAGCUGCUCUCCGAGAGCGUGAUCUUGGCGAAGAGGAGGAUGAGGAGGAAGAAGAUGAGGAGGAGGACGAUGAGGUCAGUGACACCGAAGCCACCAGUGAGAGGGCGACUCUGGGUGCUAUUUCCGAGGCCCAAGUGUCGUCUCUAGGCCAGGCGUCUUCAUCCAGCUCCUCAGGUUUCCCUUCGCACAUUGGUCCCGUGACGGACCCGACACUGGUGAGAGCCCUCGCCCGCCUAGGUCUGGAAGGCAAGGCAGUAGGACUGCACAACCUUGGGGUCCACGAGGUCGGGGAUUUGAAUUUCAUUUUCAGGGCCGACUUGGUAGAAGAGGGCUGGACCGAACACGAAGCGACUGUGUUCUUUCAUGAGUGUGGGCUCAUAGCCCCCCAGCAGAGGCCCGACAAUCCACGCAAGGCAUCUCAGGUUGAAGGUGGCGUUCGCCCCGUGGGCCCAACAGGCGAGGCUAUGACGCUAGGGGCCAUUGCAAGGGCAAGAGCACGAGCCAGGGAAGGCGGGGCUCCAGGGGGCCCAGAAGCUCCAUCUGAGCAUGGUGCAACAGCGGGGUCAAGUGAACCUCCGGACCCGCCGUAUAAUCCCCGUGUUACGAGAGCCAUCCUCGAGCAGCUCCCAGCAGCCUUCUAUGAUGAGGUCACGGUGAAUGGGCCUAUUUCAAGGGACCUUCUUUCUCGUGUGGAGGAGGCGGCCCAUGACGCGGAUCUGACGUGCCUUCCGCGGGAUGAGACUUACGCCGACAAUAGGUUUCAAGGUGUUCUACGCACGUUCAAGUGCAACCCCAAUGGGGUAACCCCCAUCGUAGGCCGUCUUAUGUUGAGGAAGGUGGCAAGAUGGAGGAAGGACACGUUUGGGUUUGUCCCAUUGUGUGAGGAGCCAGGUACCCCACCGGACCUGGAACAAGAGGCGACCGUCAUGCUCCAGGAUGAAGGAGGUGUGCCGCUACGCGAGGCUGAGCGCCUCGUGAGGUAUCUUCCCUUUGAGGAUCCUCACCCCGCCAUAGGCAAAGGAAACCAGGAGGAGACCACUGGAGGCAAGGCCUUUUACUCUGGUGCAAUGUGUCGUGGCGGUAUCUCCGCACUCCGCCACAGCUGCCGAGUGAACCCGCAGGUCGUCAGGUGCCUCACCAGCAUCCUCCGGAGGGCCUUUCCCGGAGCUGUGUUUAGCUCUCUGGCGGUGUUUGAAGAUACCAAGGCUGAGCCCCACCGGGACGCCAGGAAUGAAGACCAGCCGAAUCUAUUGGUAGGUCUCACAAGGUUUGGAGGCGGCGAGGUGUGGGAGCAGCAUGAUCUGGGAAAUGUUGAAAAGGAGGUGAAGGGCAAGCUUGAGAAAGGGCGCCUGCUGAAUGUUGCCAGUGGCCCUCAGAGGCUUGAUGCUAAGCUCCGCCUUCACUCCACGGAGCCGUGGUCCGGGUCUCGGGUCCUACUCACCGGCUACACAGUAGCUCGCCUCGAGCACCUCAGUGCUGAACAGAGAGAGCGACUCUCUGACUUAGGCUUUGUGCUCCCCCCACCAAGGGAUCCUUCAUCCGCCAAGGUGGAUUCGGCCAAGCAGGGAUACCCCAUCCAGCUAUGCAAGGUUGAGGCCAAUCCCAUCCCAAUCCCUAGGACUUGGAGGGGACAGUUUGAGUUCGCCUUAGUUCCCGAGGAUCGCUUCAGGGAAUACUACCGACACCCCGAGGGCCCUGACCGAAGGGAGCGAUGGAGCGCAGCUGUUGAAGGAUACGGGCCCUACCGAGGUGGCGCUAUCUUGGAAGCCAACUGCCAGACCAUGUUUACUGAGUCUGAAACUCAUGAAAGGGUCACAGUUGCAGCGGUCGUGAGCGGUGUUCUUCAACGUGGGAUCCAUAACGGGGAUGUGGUAAUGAGGGAAUGUCUGGACUUCCUGCGGCCCACUGAGGAGCCUCAGGGAUACGAGCGGACAAGGUCCCUGAUUGGGCAAGUUCUUGAGCUGAAUGGAGCCGAGUUCGGAAUCCGGGAUUACCGGAUAGGUUUCAGGUUUAGGCGCACGGUUGAAGACGUAGAUAGCAGAGGAGCCUACCUGGGCGACCAGUUCUUCAUGGUGUCCUGCCAUGUCGAACCUACCAACAACGAGCCCUCCGUAGCAGACCUCGAACGCUACUCCAAUGUCUUCCAUUAUGCCGACCACAGGCACCGAGCGUGCUACGAGGGAGAGCUUUCCGAAUGGUACCUCCCUUCCCAAUCUCUCCUCCAUCAAGUGGUUGAACCGACCCUCUCGGAGCUUCAAAUGCGUUUGGAAUCGCUAAAUCCGAACCCACCUGAUGGGGGCGAUUCAGGGGCUCAUCAGGCUUCCAGUUCUGAUGGGGGGCCCGCAGUUCGGGCUUUGAGAGCCCAUGCCAACGCCGAGGACUCGAGCUUCUCCGAAGGAUCUGAAACUACGGAUCCGGUCACUGAGCCAAACCCAGGUUUCCCGAUGCUGCCAGUUGCCCAGAUAGACCCGGCCUUCCUGAUCCCCUCAUCGCUUCUCCUCCCUAAGCCGUGUGAGCACACACCCGGCAGGACAAGCGUCAAUAGGCCUCCUCCCGAGUUGCACAAGGUAGAGGUGUUCACUCCAGAUGUCGAGGCCAAGCUCAAGGCCUUGGGGGAUAACCCCUUGGAAACCACGUACACGGUUUCGCCUGCCGAGGCUAGGUUGCAUGCCGAGGAGUGGAGGACUGCCUUGUCGGAUGAGAUUGAGUCCCUUCUCUCAAAGGGCGCGAUUCGGAAGGUGACAGGCAAGGAGGCUUCUGAGUUGCAGAGGGAUCCACGGAGCACUCUUCUCCAUGCAAAAGGGGUCUACACCGUCAAGCCAGGCAAACACCACAGUGAUGGAAGGCCCCGCCAGCCCUUCCGACGGAAGGCACGACUGGUUGCCUGCGGGAAUGAGUCGGCCUACACUGACACGGCCGAUCUUUACGCAGCAGGCGUGGCAGGCGAUAUCCUGCGAGCGUCUCUCCUCCUUGCAGGAAGGGAGAAAUGGAAGGCCUACGGCACUGACGUGCACACAGCCUUCCUUCUGGCUCCGCUGGGCACUUCUCGACGGUACCUCCUACGGCCCCCGGCCAUCCUUCGGUCCCUAGGCCUGGUGCAAGAAACGGAAGUUUGGGAGGUGGGAAAGGCCAUCUACGGCCUUCGUGAAUCACCACGUUGGUGGACGGAGUACAGAGAUGAGUGUCUUCGGAAGCUUAGGUUCCAGGCUCCCAACCCCGAGACCGGAGAGCUGGAAGAGCACUGGCUUGAGCAAGGUGCCACUGAGGGCAACAUCUUUAAGAUCCGAGGCCCCGGGAAUGAGUUGAGGGGACUGCUUGUAUGUUAUGUUGACGAUUUCCUCAUGCUGUCAAGUGGAGGGAUAGCAGCCUCACUUCACGCAGCCCUCAGCUCCCAACUCAAGUGGGAACUUGACGAUCUACAGGAGGCCACUGCGGAGGCUCCUCUCAAGUUCCUAGGGGUAGGAAUAAGUCCUUUGAAGGAGGGUGAUGGUUUCGCUCUGGACCAAAGGGCCUACCUCGACGAGAUGCUGUCCAGGAACGAGUUUUCCGGUCGGAGCAGCAGCGUCGUUUGCCCCAAGGAGAUGCUGGAGGAAGGCGAGCCCGAAGACCCCGAGAAGGGGGGCUUUCAGCACCGGCUGAAACAGGCGCAAAAGGCGACGGGCGAACUCCUCUGGCUGGCUCAGAAAAGCAGGAUCGCUGAGAGAGUCUGCCGCUACCUUCAAGGGACGCGAGACACGAUCCUGGAACUUCGGGCGUCCUCCAAUGACGCAGUGGAGAUCUACACUGCUCUCAGUGAAGGAGCCGUCUACGGACAGUCUCUUCAGGCCGCCCUGCGAGACGUCUCCGACGAGGUUCGCGCCGCGGCACUUAGGCAGCAGCUGGAGACCCAGAUGUUCAACAAGGAGGCGGUUAAGGUGCAAAGCUUGAAGGUCUCUGAGACCUCCUGCGCCGAAGCGCUGAGCAAGUGGCUCACGACCUUUAUUGCCUUCGCCCAG